UCCAUCAAUGGAAACGACACACAUGGAGAGCUUCCUCAACAAACUCUCCUUCACAUCCAUUACGAUUGCAACACUAACCCUUCUCCUCCUUUACCUCAAAACCCCACAGAUCUUCAUCAAUCCCAAUCCAAAACCCCACCAAAAAUUCCCCAAAUCCACCUGCGAUUUCACCCAUCGAACUUUCACCACUAUAAACAAACACAAUCGCCGUAUAUGGUCCACCAAAUCAUGGAUCCAAACAGUCCAUUCCUUUACAAUUCAAUUCCAAUCCCUCCAGGCCCAAAAAUUCUUCUCCAACAAUUCUCGGAUCUUAGUUGUGUCAGCCGGGGCGGGUCAUCCUGUUAUGGCCCUUAAUAACAUGGGGGUUAACGAUGUCUCCGGUAUCGAGGUUGUUGAAUCACAUCCUCUGGUGCGCCGUGCGGAUCCACACAAUCUGCCGUUUUUUGAUAAGGUGUUUGAUUUCGUGUUCAGCCCGUAUUUAGAACGGGCCUUGUUUCCGGCCCGAUACGUGAGGGAAAUGGAGAGAACGGUGAGAGAUGGCGGCGCGUGUGUUGUGGCUGUGGAAGAGUGUGGUGGCAAAGAGGUGGAAGAGGUGGUGAAAUUGUUCAAAAAGUCGAAGCUGUUAGAGGUGAAGAACAUGACUUUGGGUGGAGAAAGGAGGACAAACAUAGUAAUGAAAGUUGUAAAGUAAUUAAUUAAAGCUUAAAAACAAUAAAAAUUGUAAAGAGACUGAAUUUAUUGUG